AUGAGAUGUACCCACUGGGUGUUCCGUCCAAAAGGUGUCCACGGGACUAGCAGGGUGAUGAGUGUCGAAGCGCAAGUCGGACCACCACGCCCCGCGCAGGGGACGCCCCAGCUGGGGGCGGGGAUUGCGAACGCGCCUGGCACCGCCCCGACAAAGCCUGCGCGCGCCCCGUCCUGCGAUUGGCCGUCCCUCCUCGCACCGCUGCCCCGUCCCACCCUCCGCCGCCGGCCCGGCACGCAGCAGCCAAUAGAUGCCGUCGCCGUCGCCUCCGUCACUGCCUGGACAGCCAAUAGUGGCAGCGCUCGGCGGCUCGUGGCUCUUUCGCGGCAAAAAGGAUUUGGCGCGCAAAAGUGGCCGGGACUUUGCAGGCAGCGGCGGCCGGGGGCGGAGCGGGAUCCGGAGCGGGAUCGAGCUCUCGCCGCGGCCUGCCGCCAUGGGUCCGCGCCGCCGCCGCCGCUUGCCACCUGGGCCGCGCGGGCCGUGAGCGCCAUGGCCGUGGCCCCCGCGGGCGGCCCAUGCGCGCCGGCGCUGGAGGCCCUGCUCGGGGCCGGCGCGCUGCGGCUGCUCGACUCCUCGCAGAUCGUCAUCAUCUCCACCGCGCAGGACACUAGCGCCCCGCCGGCUCCCGCCGGCCCCGCCGUGCGCGCCGCGGGCCCCCGCGACCCCGACCUGCUGCUCUUCGCCACGCCGCAGGCGCCCCGGCCCACACCCAGCGCGCCGCGCCCGGCGCUCGGCCGCCCGCCGGUAAAGCGGAGGCUGGACCUGGAAACUGACCAUCAAUACCUGGCUGAGAGCAGCGGUCUAGCCCGGGGGAGAGGCCGCCACCCAGGAAAAGGUGUGAAAUCCCCAGGGGAGAAGUCGCGCUAUGAGACAUCCCUGAAUCUGACCACCAAACGCUUCCUGGAGCUGCUGAGCCGCUCAGCUGAUGGUGUUGUCGACCUGAACUGGGCAGCUGAGGUGCUGAAGGUGCAGAAACGGCGCAUCUACGACAUCACCAAUGUCCUGGAGGGCAUUCAGCUCAUCGCCAAGAAGUCCAAGAACCACAUCCAGUGGCUAGGCAGUCAUGCCACGGUGGGUAUUGGUGGGCGGCUUGAAGCACUGACCAAGGACCUACAGCAACUGCAGGAGAAUGAGCGGCAGCUAGACCACCUGAUCCACGUCUGUACCACUCAACUUCGGCUGCUCUCUGAGGAUGCCGACAGCCAACGCCUGGCCUACGUGACUUGCCAAGAUCUUCGUAGCAUUGCAGACCCCGCAGAGGAGAUGGUCAUGGUGAUCAAGGCUCCUCCUGAGACCCAGCUUCAAGCCGUGGACUCCUCAGAGGCCUUUCAGAUCUCCCUUAAGAGCAAACAAGGCCCCAUCGAUGUUUUCCUGUGCCCUGAGGAGAGUGCAGGUGGGAUCAGCCCUAGGAAGACGCCGUCCCAAGGGGCAGCUACUGGGGAGGAGGACAGGGCAGCUGAUCCUACCACUACAGCGCCACCAUCAUCAUCUCUCCCCUCAACCCCUGACAUGGAUUCCAGCCAGCCCCUGCUCAGCCUGGAACAAGAACCUCUGCUUUCCCGGAUGGGUGGCCUGCGGGCUGCCAUGGAUGAAGACCACCUGUCUCCACUGGUGGCAGCCGACUCGCUCCUGGAGCAUGUGCGGGAGGACUUCUCCAGCCUCCUCCCCGAGGAGUUCAUCAGUCUGUCUCCUCCGCAUGGGGCCCUCGACUACCACUUUGGCCUUGAGGAGGGCGAGGGCAUCAGAGACCUCUUCGACUGUGACUUCGGGGACCUCACCCCCCUGGAUUUCUGACAGGGCUUAUGGGGACCAGGGCCUCCUGAGAUGCCCACCCUGUCUCUGCAGUCCUGGAGCCCCCUGCUCCUGGCCAUGCUCCCAGCCUGAUUGGAAAUGUUUAAUUUAUACCCCUUUCCUCUCUCUCCAGAGGCUUAUAGCUCUGGAGUCUGGCUACUGCCAAGAGGCUGAGCAAGCCAGAAAGGGAAGGAUUCUGUUUGUGGUGUAUGUGUGCAUGCACCCAAUACCCAGCGUGUGUACACGGGGUGAGUGGUGUGUGGGCAUGUGUGUGUGCAUGUACCGGGGAAUGAAGGUGAACACAUCUGUGCGUGCAUUGAAAACACGUCCCAGUGUGUCCACGUGUGUGCAUGAGUCCAUGUGUGUGUGUGGUGGGGGCUCUAACUGCACUUUUGGUCUCCUUGCUCCAGGGGCCCCACAAGGCCCAGGGUGGCCACCUGCCCCCGAAUCCUGCGUGCUGACCAGGCCAGGUGGUGAGGCCUUGGCCUGUUUGCAGGACAGCAAGAGCACUUCUGUCGUCUUAAAGGUUUUUCUGAUUGAAGCUUUAAUGGAGCGUUAUUUAUUUAUCAAGGUCUCUUUGGCAAGCCUGGGGCACCAGCAAAGGGUAGGAGGGAUGUGGGGCUGAUGUCCCAACUCCGUAUACCCCUGAGUGAGGGCAGGGGUCCCUGAGCUGUUCUUUGCCCCACUCUGAAGGAGUUGAGGCCUAAGCGGUUUUAUUUAUUGGGAGAAGGAGUGAGGGAGGGAAACUGACUGACUGACAGCCAUGGGUGGAUCAAGGGGGUGGUCCCUCCCCAGGGGGUUACUGCAGGGCUUCAGCUGCCCCCCAGGACGGAUGUGAGAUGGGAGAGGUGAGUGGGGGACCUUCACCGACAGGGUGGGCAGGAGGGGUGGGUAAAGGGCCUUCUCCCCUAGCCCAGCCCACAGGGGCCCCUCCUGUGGCAUUUGAAGUGCCCCCCUCCACUCCACUUCUUGCUCUGCUCCAUCCUCCAAUGUGCACUUUGAUUUGCCUUCCUAACAGCUCUGUUCCCUUCUGCUUUGGUUUUAAUAAAUGUUUUG